GGACCGGGGGAUCUUUCCUCCGGGCGCAGGCUGGUGAAGUGCGGGGCAGGAGGAGGCGGCGAGCACAGCGGCGCCUGCAUUUCAGUCUUUGAAAGCGGUAGAGUCGGUCUAAUGCGGGGACCCAAAACCCAACCCCAAGAGGGGGUCUGGCCCACAGGGUCCUUCUGGGGCUAGGCCCCAGGGGCUGCCUAUUUUAUCUGAAAGCAUCAUAAUGAAGGCUGGGUGGACUCCCCAAGCCCUAGGGAGCUGGGCUGCUCUUUCCAGACUGGUGAUUCUGGGAUGGGCAGAGGACGCAGAGGUUUAACAGCUGUGGAGUUCUUCAGAGCUCCCCUUAGCUCUGGCUUAGAGACUUUGAUCACUGUCAUCACUGCCUUUGGGAGUGCCAGGAAUUUUCCCACAUACCAGCAACCAGUCACUUUUCUUCUUGUCAGGAGAACACAUCCUUGGGGGAAUAUUGCAAAAGGGAAGACUUUGGGGCUGGGUUUAGGGCAGUCUCCUAGUCCUGCCCGUCCCUUGGUGGGUGCCCUGGGCAAAGGUGUACACCUCCCGCCUGGACUGAGCGCUCCUCUCAACUCUCGGCGCCGUCGUCAUGCUGAGCUGCCUCUUCCUCCUGAAGGCCCUUCUUGCUCUUGGGUCCCUGACAUCCUGGGUGGCUGCAGGAGAGCAUGUGAAAGCAGGAGAAUGCCCUCCUGAUAAGCACCCGUGCAGAGAGCUGUGCCAGGGGGAUGAGUCGUGUCCUGCUGGGCAAAAGUGCUGCAGCACCGGCUGCAGUCGUGUCUGCCGAGGAGGCCUUCCAAAAGGGAGGAAAGGAGAUUGUCCCAGGGCUGUUCGGAAACAAUCCUGCUUCCAAAGGUGCGUCACUGAUGAGACUUGUCCAGGUACAGAGAAAUGCUGCACGUUUGGCUGCAACAGGCGCUGUGUGGUCCCAGUCACUAAACCCAAGCUGGAGUCUGGUGGUGAAUGUCCUGCUGACCCCCUUCCGUGCGAGGAGCUGUGUGACAGGGACGAGUCCUGUCCCCAGGGGCAUAAGUGCUGCAGUACCGGCUGUGGCCACUCAUGCCGUGGAGACAUUCAGGGAGGGCGGGGUGGUGAGUGUCCACGCCUUCUGGUGGGCUUGUGCAUUGUCACCUGCAUGAUGGAUGAGAACUGCCAGGCCGGGGAAAAGUGCUGCAAGUCAGGCUGUGGCCGCUUCUGUGUCCCGCCCAUUCUGCCAGCGGAACUGGCCACAAACCCCAACGGGACCCUCAGCCCUGGUUCUGCCAGAGGGAUCCUGGUGCCUUAGUUGUGAUUUGCCCUGAGCUGCUUUGGUGAUGACCGGGGGGCUUGUCCUGGCUGCCAGGAGAGAGUGAUGUCCUGGAGCUGUGACCCUCCUGGGGGCUCUCAUUGCCCUCUCUGCUCUGCUUCUGUUCCUGCUGUGGCCCUGAGCACGGGAAACAGAGUCGUGGGUUUGGGCAAUGGUGUGCGGUACUGCUUUUCCCCAAUAAAGACUGUACUGACCUUCU